CUCCGAUCGAGCUUCCAGGUUCAGGUUCUACGAGUAUUGCGAAAAACACCAUAACAAAUCUGCACAGCAGUUUCGACCAUCCAUAUCCUCUACUUCUGACGAGAACGAGUGUUUUCAGCCAUGAAUUCUUUGGUCCGGGUACCCGUUGCGCCUCUGCUAUCAUUCCCAGCAGCUCUCCGUCCCAUAAUUGCUGCUCGAUUGUACGCGACACAAACCCGGUUAGGAACUUCCAAUUCAGUACCACAACCAAGAAGAAAGGCAGUUACCGCUUUCAACGAUGACGGCAGGGUCGCCUGGGGUAAUCUAUUUCCUAUGGAAAAGGCUGCACGAACGACGCAACAAACCUUCAAUUUGGGCGUCAUUCUGGUUGGCGCGGUGCUAACUGUUGGUACCAUUUCCCAGAUCUACCGACACCCAACUAAUUUGUCUUAUAGGCUGGAGUAUCUUAUGUGAUAUAUACAGAGGUGUUCUCUCCCGAUAGUACUGUGACACAUUUCAAUCGAGCCGUGAACAGAGUCAAGGAGGACCCAAGAUGUACCGAGGUACUUGGGAAUAGCAAGAAAAUUACAGCAUAUGGAGAGCCAACUAUGAAUAAAUGGGCCAGGGCAAGACCGAUAGCGUAAGGCGAUUCGAAGUCAUCGAGGUGAACUUUUACUGAUUUUCGGCAGGUCAAGAAUUGAAAAAGAUCGAUAUGGCGUUGAAAAUCUGAUCAUGCACUUCAAUGUAAGUAUCUUACUCUCAUCAUCAGAUGGUCAACGCAUCAAAAACAGAACUCACAAAAUUUAGGUUGAGGGACCUCUCAAUAAAGGAGUAGUGAACCUUCAUAUGCAAAAGAGAGCUUCAGAGGGCGAAUUUAGAUACAAGUAUCUAUCAUUGGAUGUGCCUGGCAAGCAGAGGAUAUACCUCGAAAAUGCGGACACCAAUCCAGAUUACCCUGGAAACAAAACGAGAUUUUUCGGUAUCACUUGGCGCUGAAAGCAAUGCGCUCUCGUGUGCUGAUAUCUAGCCGAUUCCUACCCAUGCUUGGGUUGUAUUUUAUGGCACCUGGUAGCUAGUGUAUACCCGCGUCUAUUGGACAAUGAUGCUAUCUUUUUUGCGACAAGAUCUUGAAUUGUGUUUUAUACGAAAUGUUCUCGUACUAUCGUUAUUUUUCUUGUGUUAUGAUACCCAGUUUUAUCGAUAAUGAGCCAUUAUAUGGCUGUCGGUUUAAAUUAGUGAAUGGUUAUUAGCUAGUUCCGAGCGUAGCGGC